AUGCUGCUUAAUUUUGUUUCAUUGACGAUGGACACAAAUGUGUGGCAGGUUCCCUCCAUCCCUGUGUACUGCAGCGUUUCUGCACCCUCUCCAACGCGGGAGCCAAGGGUUGCGCUUAUUGUUGUUCAGACGGGCUACUCUCCCGGCUGGUGCAGGAUGCAGGUGAGCUCCAUUCUUUCCCGCGUGUCUGUAACAACGAUUGGCAUGGGGGCGAAUUACACACACACAUCCCGCCCGUCGUUGCUGCUGGACUGCAUAGCUGACGAGGGCCUGCGCGAUGAGGACGUGGUGGUGGUGUUCGAUGGUGGCGACACGAUGUUCACCGGACCCCUUGGGAUAAAGCAGGCCGUGGAGGACUUUGUGGCAACAACAGCGCCCACCGCAGACGCCUUCAACGCCACGGCGGUGCAUCGAGGUGAGGCAGCAGCCCCCUUGUUGUUUGAGAGUGACCCAGUCUGUUAUGCGCCACAGAUGGAACUCAUGGUCCCAUGGGGGCCUUCCGACACAUACGAGAAAUGCGGUUGGUACUACGAACGUGUAUGGGAGGCCGCCAAGUCCUCUGCGGAUCAGCGCAUGGUGCGUUUUCUGGCGUCGGAGUACCGAUUCCUUGCUGGUGGAGGAAUGGUGGGGCGUGUGUGGGCAUUUCGAGAGGCGUACAAAGCAUAUGCGAGCCUUUUGGCGACGAGUGAUAAAUGGUGGUGUGACCAGAGCAUCUGGUCGCUGUUGCAUGUGUGGAGCGUGACCCGGGACACGAAUGUGACUGCCGAUUUCCGCAUACGAUAUGGUCUUCUGAGUCUUGACUACAACAACUCCUUCUUUCUCACACCGCGUUUCGGGGCCUUUGGGUCCCCGGCGUUGUACCACUUUCCCGGGCCCCCUUACUUGUGGGACAAAAUGCCUACACUGCUGAACCGCACAACGUGGGUGGACUGGCUGCGUUAUUCCCCUGACGUCAUGAAUGAGACCAGGGAUUUUGUGCAGAAUGCCACUGUGAAAAUAUACGACGCCGAUCGGAAGGCAAAAACGAUUCCCUUUCCUGAAGUCUGCUCGUUGAACGACGUUCUUAAUCCUGAAUGGUUGGUCCUUCCGCUGCGUAAAUAA